CCUCUUUAUCCGACCACUUGAUUACAAAAACAGUCUUGAAAAAAACCCAUUCCCCGGUGUUACUGAUAUGCAACCAUGACCCUGAAAGGUGGCGCCACCAGUGCCUGCGCCGCAUGCAAGUACCAACGCCGUAAGUGCAUCCCCGAAUGUCUUCUGGCUCCUCAUUUCCCGGCCGAUCAAACCAAAGUUUUCCAGAACGCUCACAAAUUGUUCGGUGUCAGCAACAUUGUUAAGAUACUAAGGAGCUUGGAUCCUUCCCAGCAUGCUGAGGCCAUGCGUUCCAUCAAAUAUCAAGCUAAUGUACGUGAUCGGUUUCCUGUCUAUGGUUGCCUUGGUGUUAUCCGUCAACUUUAUUAUCAAAUUCAGUUGGUUGAAGAAGAGUUUCAUGCCGUACUUACACAGCUCGAGAUGUGUAGGCAACAACAGCAGCGGCAUCAGAUUUCGUCCAUGGCGGACUAUGUGAUUUCUCAGUUAGAAUUGGACAUGGUACCGCCUACUAAUGCUCUUCCUGUCUUCAAUCAACCCUACAGUAUGUACAAGGAUUCUCCUAAAGAGAACAAUUCCUUGUGGAUCCAACAUCUUUUUCUGGACACAAAUAAUCAUAGCAAUGAUAGUCCAGUUGCCAUUCAGUCUCAGUUAGUUGAUGCUCAACACGAAGUCGUUCGUGAUUACGAUGAAAUUCGUCCCUUCAUUGACGACGAACAAUCUUAUGUCGAUUCCAAAGAUAAUUAUGACUCCGCCAGCUAA